GGGAGAGUUCAAGUGAUGUUAUUAGUUUGGCAACAAACUGUCUGUUCUGUUGCUGUUUUUCUCCAGUAUGUGAUAAAGAAGCUGAAUUUAACCACAUCGUCCAAGAGGGAGCGACGAGCUGCAGAGCAGGAGGCGCAGCUUCUCUCCCAACUGCGACAUCCCAACAUUGUGACUUACAGGGAGUCGUGGGAAGGAGACGACCGUCAGCUCUAUAUAGUGAUGGGUUUCUGUGAAGGCGGGGACCUCUAUCACAGGCUCAAACAGCAGAAAGGGGAGCUUUUGCCAGAGAGACAGGUUGUGGAGUGGUUCGUCCAGAUAGCCAUGGCAUUACAGUAUCUCCAUGAGAGGAACAUUCUCCACAGAGACCUUAUAUUUCUCCAGUCAGAUGUAUGGGCCCUGGGUUGCUGUGUGUAUGAGAUGUCCACGCUGAAGCACGCCUUCAACGCCAAAGACAUGAACUCACUGGUUUAUCGCAUUGUAGAGGGAAAGCUGCCACCAAUGCCAAGUCAAUACCACCCUCAGCUUGGAGAUCUGAUCAAGAGUAUGCUGUGUAAGAGACCUGAAGACAGACCUGAUGUCAAACAUGUCCUCCGGCAGCCCUACAUAAAACGUCAGAUCGCCAUGUUCCUUGAGGCCACCAAAGAAAAAACAUCCAAGUCGAAGAAAAAAGCCGUGGUUGGAUCUGGAGAUCACAGAAGCAACAGUCCAUCAGCUGCUGCGUCUUGUCCUUCAAAGCCUCCAAAGCUUCCUCCAUGUCCAAACACUGUUCCCCCGGUGAAGCUGAAAGAAGACACAGCACAGGAGAAUGAAGACCAGAACGGUGUCCCAGAUUUCCCUCCAGUCCAACCUUCACGAUCUCCACCUCCAUCAGCUGACAUUCUCAAAGCCAGUAUCGCUCCCAUGGCAACCGUCAGCAACAUUAAUAUUGAUAUGGCUUCACAGUUGAAUGACAAUACGGUGAUGAAUCACAUUCAAAGGCCCCCGACCAUUAAGCCAAGCAGGGAACCUGCAACUCGCACCGUCCACAAAGAGAGCAAGACGAGGCGGAAACCGGAUCCCUCACCUCCCCCUCCCCCUGUGACUCCCCCUCCCCCUGUGACUCCCCCUCCCAGAACUGCAGCAGACGAGAGGACAGCUUCCAAUGGGGUGUUAGGUAUCCGGCCAAACAGAGGUGAUACCUUUUCCGUCCCCGUGGAGAAACAGGACUCAGAUGUGGACAGUAAGGAUGACACUAACGAGUUACUUCAAGAGGCCGACGCACAGAAUUCAAAUGCUGGAAACAUUAUGGAUGUGGAUGGAAAUGUGGACAAUAAAAGUGAAACUGUGACUUUAGUCAAGCGUAUUCCAGCACAUCUACCACAUGUUGAUGACAGCCUCGAAAGUACGGAAAAGCUGUUAGAGCGUCCAUCAGUGGGGCCUGUUGAAGAAAAAAUGUCUGCCAUUGCACCUAAACAGGAUCAAGGUAUUUUUUGCCAAAAUCUCCAGAUCCUUUCAGAGCCACAAGGAUUAGAGCCACUCAGACGUGGGAGGCUUUCAGAUCCAACUAAAGGGGAAAGUAAACAGUUUAAGGUAGCAGCUCCAAGACCUUUACCUCAACCUCCCAUAGAGGCUGCAGCUGUGGAGAGGAAAAAGAGGACCAAGAAGACUUCAGAGGGCAAGAGUGUUGAUGUGACUGCAGCCUCCACAUCUGUUAGCUCAUCCAAGGAUGGAUUAUUACCUCUACCACAAGAACGUCCUCUGACUGCCAGAGAGAGAAGACGUCUGAGGCAGUCCCAAGACAGCGCAGGACCAGCAGGUCCUAGUGCUGUGCGAAGGUCAUCGUAUGAUGUCAGCUCUGCUAGAGCUGAGCGACAUGUCCUCGUUACUCGAUCUGCUUCAUACUCCAUGACAGAGUCCAUUAGUAAGCACGAUAAACUGGCAGAGCAAAGAUCAGAUGAAGAUGAGUGCAGCUCAUCUACAAGCUCCACGGAGCGCUCCGAGGGAGACUGUAGGGAAAGAAAAACCGAAUCCAGCGACAUGCAUGAUUUGGUCCACAUGAUGACUCAGACUCUGAGGAUGGAUGUUGGAGAUGCCGGACAUGAGGUGGGAAAAGGCAGAUUGGAGCCCAGCACGCUGCCCGAAUUCAAGCUAAACCGCAGAUACAGGGACACCCUGCUGCUUCACGGGAAAGCCAGGGAAGAGGCGGAGAACCUUCCACUCCAGGAAAUACCAACAGAGGGCUCUCCAUCCGGUCCAGCUAAAGUCAGACGGGCAAUAGAGCGUCUGAGAACCGAUGUGGUGAAAGGUCUGGGUGUUAAGCUUUUGGAUAAGGUGCUUGAAAUCAUGGAGGAGGAAGAUGAGGUCAAAAGAGAACUGUGCCUUCGUGACCAGAUGGGAGAUGAGAAGUACCACGCCUAUGCCGUCAUGGUGAGACAGCUGAAGUUUUUUGAGGAUAUUGCCGUAAAGAUGUGAAAAGCAUGGUAGAAUACACUACGGGAUAGCACUGGUAACUCUAUCAAAUCAAACGUCCUUUUAUUUAUUACGGUACCUCUACCAAACUUAGACUGAAAUUUGUACCAGGAGGAAAAUUCAGGUCUAAUAAAUCAAUACAGAUAAUUAUCUUGAUGAGUUUUUGUUUUGACUUUCUGAGUAUUGACACCAAAUGUGAAAAUGAGCCUUUAAAAAGUUAAGGAUGCCUAUGCAAAGUUUAUUUUAAAGCUUCCCAUUUGGUUUUCUCUUUUAUUGUUGGAGUUUCAUUUAUUCAUCAUCCAAUUUAUCAUCUUUAUUUCUGCUGUUAUUUGGACUUUUCUUCUUUUAACAUGUGUAAUAGAUAUAUUGUAGAUAGUGUG